AUGACUAGUCAUGCAAAAUCUACUUCUAACUUUGAAACAGAUGAUGACAUGGAUAAGCAGAUUAGCGAUAUUUCGAGGAUGGAAGGCCUUUUACAGGGCCGAGACCUACCAAGCUUUUGCAGAUAUCCAAUUGACCGCUCAAUUACUAAAUUUUUCAUGGAAGAGACCAAAGCUAUUGCUCGUGCUUCUUCUUUAAUAAUCGACACCUUCGACGGCCUUGAAGCCUCAAUUCUCUCCCACAUAGCCACACUUAUCCCCAAAGUUUACGCAAUAGGCCCUGUCCACGCCCUUGUCAAAUCUCGCGUUGGCGAUGUCCUGUCAUCCUCUGCCCCUUUGUGCCAAGAAGACCGCCGUUGCAUGACGUGGCUGGACUACAAACAAGUGGGAUCUGUUAUAUAUGUUAGCUUUGGCAGCUUGGUGAAGCUAACACAUGACCAAUUUUUUGAAUUUUGGCACGGCUUGGUCAGUUGCGGGAAACAAUUUAUAUGGGUGGUGCGGUUAGAUAUGCUUACGGGGGAGCAAGGAGAGCACGUGAUUCCGACUGAGCUGGAGAUGGGUACAAAGGAGAGGGGAUUUAUAGUGGAGUGGGCCCCCCAAGAAGAGGUCCUGGCUCACAAUGUUGUGGGAAGGUUUUUAACCCAAUGCGGGUGGAACUCAAUCGUGGACAAACUUAUUCAAGACUUGAGAAACUUGUGA